CGCCUGCGCUCCUGCCCCUCCCGGUCCGGGAUGCUGCUGCCGCUGCUGCGGAGGAGCUGCUUCCCUUCCUCCUCUCCCGGCGGCGGCGGCGGCGGCGCGGAGCGGCUGGACGGGGCGCGGGGGCCCGGGGCGCGCGGACGGCGGCCCGAGGGCGAGCCGUAUGCGUGCAUGGAUCCGAGCGCCGCGCUGCACCGGCGGCCCGCGGGCGGCGGCCUGGGCGCGGUCUCCCCGGCGCUGUCGGGCGGCCAGGCCCGCCGGAGGAAGCAGCCCCCGAGGCCGGCCGACUUCAAGCUGCAGGUCAUCAUCAUCGGCUCCCGCGGCGUGGGCAAGACCAGCCUGAUGGAGCGCUUCACCGACGACACGUUCUGCGAGGCCUGCAAGUCCACCGUGGGUGUUGACUUUAAAAUCAAGACUGUAGAACUAAGAGGGAAGAAAAUUAGAUUGCAGAUCUGGGACACAGCAGGACAGGAGAGAUUUAACAGCAUUACCUCAGCCUAUUACAGAAGUGCCAAGGGGAUCAUAUUAGUCUAUGACAUCACCAAGAAAGAGACGUUCGAUGACUUGCCAAAAUGGAUGAAGAUGAUUGAUAAGUACGCUUCAGAAGAUGCUGAGCUUCUCUUGGUUGGAAAUAAGCUGGACUGUGAAGCGGACAGAGAGAUCUCCAAGCAGCAAGGAGAGAAGUUUGCACAGCAGAUAACUGGGAUGCGGUUCUGUGAGGCCAGCGCCAAGGACAACUUCAACGUGGACGAGAUAUUUCUGAAACUCGUUGAUGACAUUCUGAAAAAGAUGCCUCUGGAUAUUUUGAGAAACGAGUUAUCCAAUAGCAUCCUCUCUCUACAACCAGAGCCUGAGAUCCCACCAGAGCUGCCUCCACCCAGACCACACGUCCGAUGCUGUUGAUUGGCUGCUUUGGAGACAGAGUGCAAACAAUUCCCAAAAGGGGGAAACCAUUCUGUUGUGCACUACAAUCAUGUGACAGUUUCCUUUCUCGCACUUGUAACCCGAGCUAUACACUAACUUGUAAAUAUGCAAAUACGCAGUCCUGGGUGAGGUCCGGUUAUAAAUCACUUACUUCCCUUCAAACUCUAUUCCCUCGUUACUCCAGUGUGUAGAGUGCGUACAGUGGAGGCAUAGUACUUCUGGUAUGAAGAAUGGGAUAGAAGAAAGGUGUGCUGUCUCCUGAGUCCCACAAUGUCCUUGUUAAUUACACUACGAGGGAGAUGCUCCGAUGGGAAGAGGGCCUGGUGCUUCCAGUUCCGUUUCAAAGAAAAAAUCUACAAAACUGAAGAUCUUUUGAAAAAGAAGACAUGACAACUGCUUUUUCUUUAUUUGCAAGGCUUUCCCAGCUGUAGCGUCUUGAGGUUCGGAGUGUCUCUGCCCCAAAGCAAAGCUGCUCCCUCCACAACCGACACGGAGUUGUCUAUCGGGUUCUGUAGUAAGAGGCUUCUCCUAGGUAGGGGCUGGAUUCAGCUGGGUCCUGUGGCUGCAGAAUCCGGGCUUUUCCAGCGGCUGUGAUGCAAGUUUUUAAGAACGACAAAGAUUCAAUUGAGAAGACCUUUGGGCAGGGACUGUAGCUUCAAACCCCAGCAUCACACGGGGGUAAAGGAAAUAAAAGUAAAGAAGAUGAAUUUUUGAAACUAUGUAAGAGAUUUUAAAACCACACUGCUGUCCUACACAAAUCCUGUUUAAAGGGAUUUUAAGAGUUUCAUUUUACUAUAUCAAAGAAUACACAUGCAUUUGCCUAAACAUCCUGUAUCUUUGUAAUGAUGAACUUCUCCCGUUGAUGGUGAAGCCUAUUCCUAUUAUGCCUAGACUGUGUUCAAGUUUUUUUGGUUUUUUUUUUUUUUGGGUUUUGUUUUGGUUCCCCCCCCCUUUUUGUUUGGUCCGAUAAGGAAUUUGUGAACUCUAUCUUUGAUAUAUCUUUUAUUAAACUGCACUGUUUUGUUUAGUCAAGGUAAAUAAGUAUGUAUUUGAAUAACUUGGUGUGUCCUGAGUGUUGUGGUAUGAGAAGCAUCGUGCUCUUUCUACACUAAUGAAGUGCAAAUAAAAUUUUGUAUUUAUGAAUGACA